GAGCUCUUCCGCUCCAUUCUUUUCUCAGUACGCUUUGUUUGUAAACUUGUCUUCUUUGUUUCCCAAGGAAGAAGGAAGCAUCAAACAGCUAGAAAUCAUGAUUGGGAGGUUCGCGCUGACAGCCUUUGGAUGGCUCGCGGAGAGCAUCGUGAGUGCCUUGGUCGGGAAGGCCGUCAAUCACGCUGUUCAACAGUUCGGUGAGCAGCAUGGAGUUGAAGAUGACCUCAAGAAGCUGAAGGAUUCUCUCGCCAACGCCAGGCUGAAAAUCAGCACCAUCGAGAACUUGUGGCUGAAAGAUGAGUUCCUGCAGCAGAGAGUGAAGGACUUGCUGAUAGACCUCAAGAAUGCUGCUUAUGAUGCUGAUGACUUACUGGAUGAAUUCCAAUACAGAAUUCUGAAGCAGCAGAUCGAGCAGCAAGGAGAUGAGGCUGGUAAACGAGCCUCGUCUUCCUCCUACUCUGCUCCCCCUCCAAGCAAAAGGACAAAAACUUCAAUUGCAAGUUAUACCAGUGACCUUUUCAGAAAAGGAGAUGAUGAUGAUGAUGAUAAUGUGCAGAAAAUCAGGAAAAUAAAGGGGAGUUUAGAUGACUACUCAGCUGCUCUCGAGGAAAUUUACAGUUCGCUAGGCGCAGAAGAUGAUAGAGGAAAUAAACAAUUAGUGUCCCCGGCGAGCCGGCAAACGAGCUCCUUUUCGACUGAACCUCAAUUGUUUGGCAGAGACAAAGAGCUGCAAGAACUCAAGGAUUUGUUGUUCAAACCAGCAGUUGCAUCUGAAUUUGGCCAAAGUGGAGUUUCUGUUUUAUCUAUUUAUGGUAUGGGAGGGAUUGGGAAGACCACUCUGGCUCAGGAAGUCUUCAAUCACAGCAGCGUGAAAAAAUACUUUAAGCUCAGAAUUUGGGUUUGUGUUUCUGAAAAUUUCUGCACAGAUAGGCUGACCAGAGAGAUUAUAGAGUGUGCAACCACGGAGAAGUGUGAUCUCACGAAUUUAGAUACUCUUCAAAAGAUUGUCAAUGAGAAGAUCACGCCAGAGAGAUUUCUUCUUGUAUUGGACGAUGUGUGGAACGAGGACAGGCACAAAUGGGAGAGCCUCUGUGCACCAUUGAGGUCUGGAAAGCCCGGUAGCAAGAUAUUGGUAACAACUCGCUCUAGGAAGAUUGCUAAAAUGGUUGGUGAUGUGGAUGUCAUUCAUCUGCAAGGUCUGGAUGAGGAGAGCUUCUGGGAAUUUUUCAAGAAAUGUGCAUUUGGUUGUUCAAAUAGUGGAUUUCAUCAUCCUCAUAUGGAAGCCAUGGCGAAGAAGAUGACUUGCAAGCUCAAGGGAUUGCCGCUUGCAGCAAAGACUCUAGGAGGGUUGUUGAGCAUGAAAUUGGAUGAGCAAUACUGGGAAAGCAUUUUAGAUAGUGAAAUAUGGCAGCUUCCCCAAGAAGAAAAUGGGAUUAUGCCAGUGCUACAACUGAGCUAUCAACAUCUCCCUCCUCAUCUUAAGCAAUGCUUUGCAUUUUGCUCCUUGUUUCCUAAAGAUUAUAGGUUUUAUGAAUCUGACUUGAUCGGUAUUUGGAUAGCAGAAGGAUUUAUAGUGACUCAAGGAAGUACCAGAAUGGAGGAGCUAGGGAGCAACUACUUUCAUGAGUUAGUUAACAGGUCAUUCAUUCAAGAGUCAAAGAGUGGAGGAUUUAUAAUGCAUGACCUCAUACAUGAUCUUGCAGAACUCAUAUCUGUGGGUGAAUCUUAUAGGAUUGAAAAAGGCAAGUUCCAUGACAUUCCUAGUACCAUUCGUCAUCUUUCAAUAUACACAAAUGAAGAAGGUAUUGAGACCAGACUUUUAACAGAAUUCUCUCAUUGCGAUAAAUUACGGACGAUGAUGUUGAUAGUAGAAAAAUUCUCUUGGAAGAACUUUAAUUUUGAUUGUGGUGUUUUGGAAAAAUUAAAAAAUAUUCAUGUGCUUGUCUUGAAGAAUUGUUCUUUGAAAGAACUACCUGAUAGUAUUGACAAGUUAAUACAUCUCCGCUAUCUUGACUUAUCUCAAAAUGAUUUUCGAAGGUUGCCUGAGUCAUUAUGCGACUUGUACAAUCUGCAGACAUUGAAAUUAGAUUGUUGUUCUAACUUAGAAGGUCUCCCACAUGGCAUGACGAAAUUGAUCAACUUGCGGAACAUUUAUGCAGUAGUAAACUUUAUUCACAAGAUAGCAGAGAUCGGAAAGCUUACUUCUCUUCAAAAUUUGUAUGCUUUCAAAGUGACAAAGGAUAAUGGACACAAACUUGUUGAAUUAAAAGGUUUGAACCAACUCCGGGGGUUUCUAUGCAUAACAAAUCUUGAGAAUGUGGAGAACAAGGAUGAAGCAAAUAUUGCUAGUUUGAAGAGUAAAGAACACCUCGAUGAGUUGGUGCUAGAAUGGACAUCUCUGCAAGAAUCUGAUUCAGACGUUAAUUUGCACAUGUCAGAGCAUGUGCUUGAAGGUCUCCAGCCGCAUCACAACCUACAAAGUCUGAUAAUCAGAGGAUAUAAUGGAGCUAGACCUCCCAAUUGGCUACACGAACAAGUAUAUUCUAGAUUGAAAGCUCUCAAACUUGAAAAUUGUAAAAGGUGGAACGAUCUAUCAGCUAUUGGGCAACUAUCACAAUUAAAGCACCUCUUCCUUGUGAGAAUUUCAGUCCAGACCAAAAAUAUACACAAAUUGUUCGAUCCAAAAGUAUGCCAGUUCUUCUCCCAACUAGAAAAGUUGGUACUAGAGGGUAUUACCAUGUUGGAGGAUCUCCCAAAUCUUGGACAACUUCCAUGUCUGACAUCUAUUUGCAUUGAGAAUUUGCCGGGAGUGAAGAUGAUAGGUGAGAAAUUCUUUGCCACGACAGAAGAAGGCAGUUGCUUUCCUAGACUAUGUACUCUCCGUUUCAUAGAAAUGCCGGCAUGGGAAGUGUUCUACGGCUCCGAUGAUAGAAAUCUAUUUCCUUGCUUGGAGGAUCUUUAUAUUUCAAAUUGUCAAAAGCUGAAGAUGUUACCUCCCCUUCCUCCUUCAAUACAAUGCGUAAAAUUAAAUAAUGUUGGGCUGGUAGAUUGUCCAAGAUACUGGAAAGCAAUUGAUGAAUGUAGCAGUACAACUAAUUCUGUAUCUCUGAAGGAUUUGGCCAUUUGGAAUUGUCCAAAUUUGACAAGUCUAGAACGAGGGUUACUACCACACCAUCUUCUGCAGAUUCAUAUAAAAAAAUGUGAACAAUUGUUGUGGGUGCCAGUCAAAAGGUUGAAAGAACUCGCCUCUUUAAGGUCAUUGUCAAUAAAAAAGUGCCCGAAGCUCAUGAGCAUGACACCAGAUAAGUACAUUGAUUUCCAACUCCCGCCAUCAAUUACAUACCUACGUUUAUCUGAUUGUGGAAAUCUUUCCAAAUCACUGCCUGACUUGCUGCAUAACCUAUUGACUCCCUUGUUGAUAAGCAAAUGUCCCAAUCCAGUUUCUUUGCCACUAGAACCAUGGCUUAGAGUGAUUGAUCUAGAAAUCGAGAAAACAACAAACAACCUCCAGUUCUUGAGGAUUAAAGGAUGCCCUAACCUUCUACUUGAACUAACAGAUAACUUGGCAGGGUUGGAGUUAGAGAUUAAUGACACAGCGUUAAUGAAACAACCACUAAUCAAAAAAUUACUAUCAUCUGUCGGUAAACUUAUAAUCUCAUCCUCUUGUGAAGCGGUGAUGUUCGAGGGGGAAGAUCAGGAGUCAUUGCAAAGCUUGACAUCGCUCCAGACAUUAUGUUUCUCUGAUUGCGAGAAUCUACAAUCCCUGCCAACAAAGUUGUACACCCUUACGUCCCUCGAGAAUUUGUGGAUUUCUAAUUGCCCACAAAUUCAGUCUCUGCCUGAGUGGUUACCGCCUUCCCUCGAAGAUCUAGAAUUUGAAGAUUGUGAUCUGGCACUGGAGCAAAGACACUUGGCGGAAAUUAAGAAGUUCCGGCUUAUUCCGUUAUCAUUAAGAGAGGAGGAGGAGGACGACGACGAGGACAAGGAGGAGGAGGAGGAGGAGGAGGAGGAGGUCGAGGACGAGGAGGAGGAGGCGGGGGUGGAUGCGAUCUAGAAGAACAUUGCAGGACGAUAGGAUGUCGAGGUGCAAGGGGCGUGGAAGCAGAAAGGUCCCAAAGGGUCGACACUGACGGAGAACGUUGGGGUUGCCGAUUGAAAAGGAGAUGAAAGCUACGGGCUGAACCAACAACGUGGUUGCUUGUCCGCCUUGGCUCUUAGAUCCUCCGAUUUGAACUAGCAGAACCAUUUGAGGCGGCGACGAAAUCGUUGACAAUAAUAGAAUCAACGAGGCCAUGUGGCCGGGAAGAGAGAUGAAACAGAAAUUGUCAUCUGAAAAUUUGCUAUUCUCUAAACGCUGGUAAUGGUCAGCCUCACUCAAACAGUAGCUAUUUAGUUGAAAGAUUGGAAAGUGCUAACGGAGUACC